AUGGACAAGCUCACUGGCUCCGUGCGCGUGUUCGCACGCGCGAAGCCGGAGGACAAGCUGGAGAUUGUGAAGAGCAUUCAGCGACAAGGACAGGUGGCUGCGAUGACAGGCGAUGGUGUCAAUGAUGCCCCUGCCCUCAACCAAGCAGACAUCGGGGUGGCGAUGGGAAUCCAAGGGACCGAAGUUGCGAAGGGUGCCUCCGACAUGAUUCUGACAGAUGAUAACUUCUGCUCGAUCGUCGCUGCUGUCGAGAAGGGCCGAGCCAUCUAUGCGGGCAUCCAGAAGUUCGUAGCCUUCAUCAUGUCUGUCCACAUAGCUGAGGUGAUGCAGAUCUUCAUCUGCAUUGUGGUGGGAAUUCCCGUGAUGCGGACGCCGCUGCAGAUCCUGUUCCUGAUCCUGGUCACCGACCUGCCCCCUUCCAUCGCUUUGGGUGUCGAGCCAGGUGAGGCCAACAUCCUGAAGAUGCGCCCGCGGCCGAAGGACGAGCCGAUCGUGUUGAACUGGCCGCUUGGAGACACACUCUUGAGCUAG